AUGAUGCCUUUGGACACGAUUUAUCUGACGCGCCAUGGGCAUCGGCUCAACUGGACCAUCGAUUUCCGCACGGGAACAUACAGAGCCCAAUUCCCCACGCCGACAGGGAACCCUGCAGAUCCAGCUCUGACCUCGCAUGGCGUGCGCCAAUCGCAUGAGCUCGCGGCCCAUGUAUCCGGGUCUCAAUUCCACCCGAAGCCAUUCCGCGUCUACUCCAGUCCUUUCUACCGGUGCUUGCAGACCAUCCAGCCAACAGUCGAAGAGCUGAAGAGGAUUCACGAGUCUGGUGAAGACCAUGGUAGCCAGGAUGGCUCAGGUGUCAUCGACCAACAUGCGCAGUUUGAUGUGCGACUUGAAAACGGGCUAGCGGAAUGGUUUGGCGCAACCGAUUUCUUCGAUCAUCCUUCGCAUCCGACGGCGGAGGAAAUGUCAACACAUUUCCCGACGCUGCUUUCAGCGGCUGCUGUCGAUCGCAAGCCUUUGUUGAUUCCCUCUAGGCGCGGCGAGACAAUCACUCAGCUUCAUAAUCGUGUUGCCACGGCUCUGGAAGGUAUCAUUGCUGAUGUUGAUGUGGAGAUUCGUGCCAUCGAAGAGACACAGCCUUCGGAACAAAGGACUAGUAAAUCCAUUCUGAUCUGCGCGCAUGCGGCUCCGCUCAUUGCCAUGGGUCGUGUUCUGACAGGGCGUAUGCCGGACGAUAGUUCAGAGGAGGACUUCAAUGUCUUCACGGCUGGUCUGAGCACGUUCAAGCGGAGAGGUGUGGCGGGUGGUGAAUCCGAUCAGACGGGAUCCUCGGAAGCCCCGUUGGCCGAGGGGACUACGCUCGUUCGAUCGUCGGGUUCUGUGCCACAGUGGAGGAGGCGUGGUGUCGGGGGUGGAUGGGACUGUGUUGGGAAUGGGGACUGUAGUUUCCUCAGUGGGGGUGCGGAGCGUGGAUGGCACUUUGAUGGCGAGGAGAACUUCCAAUCGGGUCCUAUGGGCCCGUCUUCGGAGGCUGCGACUACUGCUACCACAAAGCUGUAG